UUAGUAUAAAUUUUAUUAAUACAGGUUAAAAAAUUUGUUUUGUACUUAUUAAAAGAAACGUACAAAAGAAGAAGAAGAAAAAAAACAAAAUAAUAAUAAUAAAUUAAUUUCCGUUUAAUCAUAUUUUUCGUUAUAUUCGCAUUGAGUAACUGUACAGUUAAAAAAACGCUUGCUACUACAAUGUCUGAACUACAAAACUACAAAUUUAGUAAACAAUUCAAAGUGUACUACAUACGAGUACUAUAAGCAUAUUUAUGUAUUUUGAAAAAAUUUCAUAAAGCUUUUAUUUUAGUUUGUUUUGAGUUGUUUGGUCGAUUACUUCAUUUGUAUUAUACUAAAAUUUAAUGAAUAACUAAAAUAGCAACCGUUGCUAAGAUUUUUAUGUAAUUUUUUUUUGGUCAUUAUAAUUUUAAUUGGAAUAAAGACUAGAACUGUAAUGGAAUUUUAUAAAUAACAAUAAAAAGUAUAAUUUUUUUUUUCAAAUAUUACUAAUGAUUUUAAUGAAAUUCUAAAAUUUAAAAAAAAAUAAUUGAAGACAAAGAAUUAUAUUGUACAUAAACGGUAACCUAUAUUUUUAAAGAGUUAUUUGGAACAAUGGCAGCCGUUUUAAAUGGAAUUAAUCAAAUAGCUGGGAGUCAGACUGAGAUGAAGGCAAUAGAUGCUAAUAGAUAUGCGACAAAGAAGACAAUCGCUCAAGGAAUGCUUGAUAUUGCCUUAUUAACAGCGAAUGCUUCACAAUUAAAAUAUAUUUUACAAGUUGGUGAACGUCAUGAUUUUUAUAAACUAAUGUUGGGUUUAAUAAGUACUUCAAUUAUUUUACAAAUUCUUACUGGAAUUUUACUUUUGGUUCAAGGCAGUAUUAAAUUACAAAAACCAGAACAACAAAAAAUUGCUGAAAUUUUAAAUCAUAUUAUAGUGGGCUCAAUAUUAAUAACUUCAUUUAUUGAUGUAAUUAAAAAUGGUUUUGGUUUGGAUCCAGCUGUUCAAGAGGACUACCCAGGGCAAAUAACGACAUUAAAAGAUUGAUUAUGUUUUCGGAGAAAAUCGGCGGUACUUAGUAGUAGUAGGGGUUUGAAGUUAAAUGGAAAUUUAUUAAUACAAGAGUUAUUGUAUAAUAUCAUAAUACUCAAGAAAUUUUUAUUAA